CGGUUGUUGCCAAAUGUUGCCAAAAGGAGUAAAUAUCCUGGGCAUGGCCAUGUCUUUGUCAUCGGUCGCGGGGUAUAUAAGCGGCUCGCGAACCGAGUUGCCGACCUUCAUCUUGCCUUUCCCUUGCCACCAUGGACUUAAUCAGAAGGCGACUCGUUGCGUUCCGCCACCCCAUCCGACCACAGGCCACUCCGCAGGUGCAUCGCCGCUCCGAUGAGCAUCAGUCAGCUUCAUCGCAUGGACCCCCCAGCCCCAGCUGCAAUUCUAAGCCAGUCGAUGCACUGCGCACAGACUCUUCAAAACCAGACUUCAUCUCAAGCCUUCCCGACGAACUCUUCUGCGAAAUAUUCUUGCUCGUCGUCUAUUCCAACAUACCUAGCCAUUUCCCAUAUCCUAGCCCAACCUUCUUCGGAUCCCGCUACUCAUCCGGGGACUCCAGAGACGCUAUCCCACUUGGAAUGGUGUGCAAACGAUGGCUACACCUGACCCGGACACACUCUGGUCUAUGGACAACGAUUGACCUUGACGACCUCACUGACACAAGAGGCCUCGCUUUGCUCAGUGCAUGCCUUCGGUACUGCAAGCCAGCGACCCCGAUGAUUGUGAGGCUGCGCCUGACGCAACGGAGGCUUGAUCCUGCGAUAACACAACGCGCUCUGGCCCUGAUCGCCACGCACCAGACGCGUUGGGAGGAAAUCUCUAUCCGCAUCAAUUACGCCAAUUAUGACCUUGGAGACAUUCUAGCUCCCCUAAAAUUCCUCGAUCCCUUUUCAAUGACAGCCCUUCAGAGGUGGGGUAUCCACCGCAGUCAGCAAGCCGAUGAGAUCCGGACCGUCGACGAUGCAAUUUCCACUGAAAUCCUCCGCCAUUGUCCGUCGCUUAAAGCAGCCUACGCCUCAAACCUGACGAUGAACUUCGUAAUUCAUCGGGACUUCCAAUCGGAAGACGAGAAUUCGGCAAGCCCGAUGACGAAGCGCCUCACGCAGCUUGGCCUAGCCCAUCUCGACCCGUGGCACAUUCGCUGCAUCUUGUUCAGCUUUCCGCGUCUCGAAGUCCUGCACAUCGUCAAAGUCUGGGAACCGGAAGUGGCCUUCCACGAUAGCAUUCCCAUGCCCCAUCUGCGAGUGCUCUCUGUCCCCGCUUAUGACUGGCCCGCCUUCCCUAUUAUUCCUGGCCCGACGUUCGAUCGGCUAGAGCUGACGAGCUUUCACGAAUGCGCGGACGACGUUCGCAUUCCUACGCGCUUGUACGACGCAGAUAUCUCAGUCCGCAUGCUUGUACUCGACCGCGUGCGAGAUGAGACGUGGGUCGAAUGGCUUUUUGAGUGGAAGCCACUCAAGGACGUCGAGAUCGUGCUCUUCACACAACCGGCAAAAGUCGGCGCAGGGUAA